AUGCUUAAAAAAAAAAAAAAUUACCCGCUAAUCACAACAGUAUUUCCCCACUUUAUCACAUGGGAUAGGCUAGUGCACAUUAGUACCGAGGUUCAGAACACAACACAUUACGAAAAUUAUCGCAUAUUGAUAGCUAACAUCGAAAUUUCUUUAUCCAUUAUUCAUUUAUUGUCCAGAAAUGGUCCAUCCAUCCAUCCAUCUGUGCUCUACCGUCAUGGUACGAGCGGUGUACCAGCAAAGUAUGGGCAUUCAUUGCCGCUUAGAAAUAGAAAAAUCUGGACAGCUGCAUCUUCCUACAUGCCGCUACAAUUAUAA